AUGGACAGGGCAACAUUUGCCUGUUCCACUGCCUUUUUUCGGGACCACAGCACUUCAUCUCAGGGUUCACUCUGCCUCCCUGGAGGGCACGUGGACUUUAUUGAAAAAGCAGAAUCCUUCAGCUACUCAGACUUCUUCAGGGAUUAUCUGAUCCCCAACCACCCCUGUAUUUUCUCAGCUAAAUUCACAGAAGACUGGGGCAGCAGGAGAAAUUGGGUUACUUGGGAUGGAAAGCCCAACUUUGAUCACCUGCUGCAGAAGUUUGGAGAAGCUCUCGUGCCUGUUGCCAACUGUGAUGUCAAGGAGUACAACUCUAACCCCAAGGAGCAGCUCCCCUUCAAGGAGUACCUCAGCUACUGGAAGGAGUACAUCAGGAACGGGUACAGCUCACCCCGAGGCUGCCUUUAUCUGAAGGACUGGCACCUCAGCAGAGCUUUCCCAGUGCACGAUGUGUACACGACCCCUGUGUACUUCUCCUCUGACUGGCUGAAUGAGUACUGGGAUGCCCGAGCUGGGGACGACUAUCGCUUCGUCUACAUGGGACCAAAAGGCUCCUGGACUCCCUUCCACGCCGACGUCUUCCGCUCCUACAGCUGGUCAGCCAACGUCUGUGGGAGGAAGAAGUGGCUGCUGUACCCUGCAGGGCAGGAGGAGUUCCUGAAGGACUCCCAUGGCAACCUGCCCUUUGAUGUCACCUCCCCCAGUCUCCAGGACAGGAAUGUUUACCCUCGUUACAGCCAAAGCCAGCCCCCUGUUGAGAUCCUGCAGGAGGCAGGGGAGAUCGUCUUCAUCCCCAGCGGGUGGCAUCACCAGGUUCACAAUCUGGACGACACCAUUUCCAUCAACCACAACUGGGUGAAUGGCUGCAACGUGGCCAUCAUGUGGUGCUUCCUGCAGGAUGAGCUGGCAGCUGUCCAGAGGGAGAUCAACGAGUGGAAGGACCCUAUGGAUGACUGGCACCUCCAAUGCCAGUUGAUCAUGAAGUCUUGCACGGGCAUCGACUACAAGGAGUUCUACAACUUCCUCAAAGUGAUUGCAGAAAACAGGAUUUCCAUCUUGGAGAACGGCCUCGACGACGAAGCUUCUGCCAAGAACACCCCCAAAGCUGCCAUCUCCACCCUGGGCAUGCUCCACGCCGUGUUUGAUCUGAAGAGAACAGUCAAGGUGUUAACAUCCUUGAGUGCUAAUGAAGAUUUCAAGAAGCUGGACCUGGCCUCCCUCUCUCCACCUCCAGAGGCCUUGCUCCACCACUUGAAAGCAGCAAUAGAUACAGCACUGCUCUAACUUCCCAGUUCU